AUCGAGGUGGUCGAGUAUCGACCGCAUUAGGAAGAUUCAUCUAGUCUUAUGGUAGUUGAAGAGUACACUGGACUUAAGUCAUCAUCCCUUGGAAAAAGUAUAUACUAAGUAAUAGAGUAUGAUAGUGGAAUAGCGCGAAGGGCAGUGUGAUUGCUCUCAACACUCCCACGUAAAUAUCCAGUAGAGCUUUCUGUUUACUGAAAAAAUUGCUUUGAUGAAAGUUGAGACUGCAGAAUAAAUACGGCUCCAAAACUGCAGGGUGUGAGUGCGCAGCGUGAUGAACGGCGUGAGGAACGGUUACUACCCAGACGACCAGUGGGACGAAGUCUCCCGCACGUCCAGCUUCUAUUACCACGAUGAUCCGCUAGACCCAUGGGAAGACUACCCUUACAGUUCUGCGUACGAGCGUGAUCGGAUGUCACCAUAUAGAAGUGAUCCACGAGCACACUCCACAGCCAGCAACGGCUACUCUUCAGAUAAUGGGUCAGUGGUCAGUACAGAAGAUGGACCAACUUACGUAUUGGAGCAUCUUGCCACAUUCAGGGUGUCUCCAGAGUCAGACCUGGUGUACCCCGCCGAUGGUAUGCGGCGCCUCUUACACAUGGAGAAAACCUCAGGCAUAUGGACACAAAAGAUGUUGCUCAGGCUAGAUAAAAAAUGGGUCUGUAUACAGUCUCAUGAAAAUGGGGACAUUGUGGAAAAAUUUCCAAUGGAACUGAUAAGGGAACCCACAGCAUUUACAAGUGAUGACCCAAAAGAAUUGUAUAACAACAUCUUCAUAUUUGUUGUAGCUGAAGACCCAAAGAGAAAUUAUCAGAACCCAACAGAAAUGCACAUAUUCCAGUGCCUACGAAUUAGCGCCAAAGAUGUUGUGGAGGAUGUGAAGCUAUUUAUGUCUGGGAAAGGCAUUUCCGGGCGAGGUAGGGCAGCUCGAGCAGGACGGGGCGAGCAUAUCCCACCACCUCCCCAGGAACCUGCUCCAGAACCUCCGAUGGCAAAUGGCUACCGUGGCGACUUUUCCGACAGUGAAGUGCGAGGAGAGGCGCGGGGUCCAAGGUCGGAGAGGUCUAGUGUGAGCCACAACGAUGAUUUGUCAUCAACCAGCAGUGAAAAGUAUGAACGAGAUGUGGCCAUCCUUAAUUCUUGCUUUGAUGACAUUGAACGGUUUAUUGGACGCCUCCAGCACACUGCAGCUGCUACGAAGGAACUCGAGCGUCGCCGCAGGUCUCGAAAGUCCAAGAAGAAAGAUAUUGGUGAUGGGUUGUUGUCAAUGCGUGCCAAGCCUCCACCAGAACGAGAAUUUGUGGAUAUCUUUCAGAAAUUCAAGCUUUCCUUUAACCUCCUGGCAAAGCUGAAGGCCCACAUUCAUGACCCAAAUGCUCCAGAAUUAGUACACUUUCUUUUCACACCUUUGGCAAUCAUUGUGGAUGCAUCAAGAGACUCCAAUUAUGGUCCAAAUCUACCUAGCAAGGUGUUAUCGCCACUGUUAACUGCAGAUGCUAUGGACUUGCUAACAAAUUGUUUGACGUCACGGGAAACAGAGCUAUGGCACAGUCUUGGAGAGACCUGGUGUAUUCCACGUAACAUGUGGAAAUACAGUGUUCCUCCUUAUCAACCAGUAUUCUCCAGUGGGUGGGCACCAGAGUUGAUAGAGGAUUCACGUGAGCGCUCCAGUGUGCUGGCCUCGGAGGUUGCAUCAGAAGCUAAGCGGACAAGAGCAGAGGAAAUAAGAAAUGCUCAACGUGAAGCAGAAAUGCGGCAAGGUCGUCUUCGUGGAGAUGAAUAUGGCAGCGAUUUUUAUGAUUCUGACCGAAGGGAACCAUCACCACCAGGUCGAUAUUACCCACGAGACGAGAGACCACGAUCCAUGACUCCACCAUCAGAGUACCCACAAGCUGGUCGCAGUGAUAUAUCACAAGAUUCCAUGGAUCAGCCAACAUUUGAAAAGCACCAGAGACAGUGGUUAAAUGAGCUCAAGUCUCGUGGGGGGAAAAUUGUACAAGUUACAUAUCCCCGGACUGCCAAUAAUGACAAAGAAUUGACAGUUGUUCGUGGUGAAUAUUUAGAGGUAAUGGAUGACAGCCGUAAGUGGUGGAAGGCAGUAAAUGCUAGAGGCCAAGUAGCUCAUGUCCCACACACUAUUGUUACUCCUUAUUCAGCUGACCAGGAUGGUAAGGAAGAUUACCGUGCUGAUGUGCGGCGGAAUGCACCUCCCCCAGUCUGGAAGGAACGACAAGGCAAGAAAGACUAUGGCAAUGGUGACUCGAGCGACGAUGAUGAUCCAUCAGCACGUAAGAAGUCAAGCCCACACAAGUUAAGCAGUAUCCCAGUACCCCCUCCCCCACCUCCUCCUGACUUUGCCCCUGAUGAACCUGUAUCACGGGUGCCUAAUAAGCCUCGCCCUAAAAAUGCUGAUCAAAUGUAUGGUACCACGAAAUCAACGGCAGAUUUAAUGAAUGCAGAACUAAAAUUGGUGCUGGAAUCCUUCCGGCGUCAGAGACCUCAUCUAGACAUAGUGAAAACACCCGAUGUAUACAUUAAUCAGGGGUCUACACCCAGUGAAGUUCAGUCAUGGCUUAAAAUGAAAGGAUUCUCUAAAAGAAUCUUGAAGCAGUUUGAGGGUGUUGAUGGUGGAAAAUUAUUUGCUCUGGAAAAGAAAAAGCUGGAGGAAUUUUGCGGUGUUGCAGAAGGUGCGCGUUUAGCAUCUCAGAUCACCGUUCAGCGCAACGUAUCAGGGUAUAAAACAGCACGAUCUUCUGAGCUACGGCAGAUCUUGGCGAGACAGAGAAAUAGAGUUGACACAGAAGACAAGAUACCUAAAGCAAGUCAACAAGCAAAAGAGGAGAAUGAUGAUGACAACGAGGAGCAGCAGCAGCAGUAUCCACCACAGCUGCAGAAACAGCAACCACAGAAGCAGCAAACACAACUGCAGUCACAACCUGAUAAAUUGGAGAAGAUAGAUAAAAACUUUGAGUUCUUAAAUGAUUAUGAUAAAUCGGGUUAUCAGACAGAUUCAGAAUCUGAAGAUGAAGCUAUGGAUUCUAGAGGAAAUCCAGGAACAAAUACACUUAAAGAACAAAUAAAAAAGCAACGAAAGAAAAUAAUUGCAUCAUUUGAUGAUAAGGCAUCGCGCUGAGGCUCUGAUUUCAUUACGUUAGCUUCAUAUGUACAGUUACACACAAAUAUUUGUUUGCGUAUGUAAUGCACUCAUACUAUACACAUGCAUAUACAUAUACACACAGUAUAAUGUAAAAAGGAUCCAUAAAUGAUUAUUUUAUUCUAGAGAAUUUUUAAUGAAUGUCCAAAUAUAAAUUUGUUUAAUUACAAAUGAGUAGUUUUCUAUAUACUGUUCAGUAAAAAUACCUCUUGUUUUCUAUCUAUAUACAUAUAUAUAUAUAUAUAAUGAUCCACAUAUACAGGGUGGCACUUGCAGACAGCUUGAAUUUGUUACUGGUCUUCUGUAAACUAUUUUUUUUUUUUCAUUAGUGUAAGGUUUUUCAUAAUAUACUCCCAUUUUUUUAAGUGACUGUCAAAAUACUUUAUUCAUAAAAAAAAAAAAAAAUUUAAAGGGAUUAGGGGUCAUCAACAUGUGCAAAUUGGCAGAUAUAUAAAUGUAGAAAGACUGGAGAAAGCCUUGCUAUUGUUUGGAAUUUUUGAACUCUUGUUUGGCUUGUAAAGUUGCCAAAGUGUUACUUUGAUAAAGAAAAUUCUAUCAUGAAGAAAGGUUGUGUAUUUUUAUAUACCUUCCUUUUACAGUGUCAUUUAUGUAAAUGAAAUGUCAAAGUUGGCUACAAGUAGGUAUAAAAAGAUGAAUUAAUUAGUUUAAGAAAAAAAAUUCAUUGAAGCCUGAAAUUAAGAUUUUCAUUAAGUUGAUAUUAAUAAUAAAUGUUAAUGACACUGAGCUAUGUUAAUAUUUUUACAUGAUUAUAUUGGAAAUAUGAUAAAUGGUAUAUGGUGGGGUUGCCAAACCACUGUAGUACAGUACUGUAAAUAUAGUGAUAAUGUACAGUAAUGAAAUAAAAGGAAUUAAAAUUCGCAUGGCAUGUCCAUGGUUCCAUCUGGUGUCUAGUAUGUUUAUUAAGACUGAUAAAUCUAUGGUUUCAUUUGUCUGAGGAAGACCUUUAUGGGGUUAGUGCUUAGUUAUGAUUAUUAUAAUCAUAUGAGUGAUGUAUAGAAGUUUAUUCAAAUAAAUUGUAGCACUGAAUGACUCUCAAUGAAUUUUUGUGAAUACUGCAAAUAAUAAUUCUGAAACAAGUGGCUUCCUUUCUAAUAGAGCUUCAUUGCAAGGUUUGAGUGCCAUUUUUAUUACCAUACUAAGUAAUAUUUUGAGUCCUGAGUAAUGGUUCUGUAUGGACUUGAUUCUGUACAUUGUAUAUAAGUGAUAAUUACUGUAGUUGAAUUUUACUAUAAUUAGGGCAUUGGGUUUUCUGUACUUAUAGAUAGUUAAUUCUCAGUAAUUAUCAACUGUUAGUAGUAGACACAUUUUAUCAUUGUCAUGUAUCUGUAUUUAAUAAAAAUAACUUUUCUUUA